GUCAAUCGCGCAGUGUAUAAUUAUCUCCACACAAGCCGGUUGUGAUGUGGUACUCGUAAAUACCACUUUUUAUAACGAACAACGAACCACAAUGGUCAAGUUGUAAUAAAGGAAGUCAUAACACAGUCUAACGUUGUAGCAUCAACAUCGUAAUCACAUCGUUACGCAUACAAGAAUAAAACAAAAUAAAGUAAUCUUAUCUUAGACUUUGAUCCGUAUAACAUCUUAAUGAUUAACAUAACAAUGUUUAACUAAGUUACAUCACCGAGUCUAAGUUUAAUUCAUUGUACAUUCGCGAGUGUAAAGUUAAAGGCCAAACAAGUUCACAAAUUCAAAAACUAACCGAAAACUAAAACUACAAUGUCUUCGGAUAGUUUAGACGAAUCCGCACUGAAAAAAAUCUUAACCUCUAAAUUAAACCAUGAAGAUUUCGUGCUUAAACAAUUUAAAAUGGUGUUACUUCAUGCCGAUGGAAUGAUGGGUGAACAUUUCCGACUUUUAUGCGAAAUCGAAGAAAAUUCAACGAUAAAAUCCCAUGCAUUUUUCGUAAAGAAACAAGCACCGUUCGAGGCAUAUGGAGAACUACCAUCACUAGUCUUCAAUAAAGAGAAGGCGACCUUCGAUAUGUUUAAAACCAUCAAUUUCCAACAGAUGAAUGACUCACUACCGAAUGUCUAUUACACUGAUGAUAAACACAUUGUUUUUGAAGAUUUAACAGAUGAAGAUUAUGUGAUUCAAACACCGGCAAGAGUUUCAACUGAUGAAGAACUAUGUGUUAUUUUGGAUAGUUUGGCUGCCAUCCAUGCUGGAUGUAUUGCGUAUGAAAACAAACACGAAAUCAAGCUGAACGAAGCAUUUCCUGACGCGGUUAUUGAGUUGUACUUAAAGAGUCGCCAUGAACUGUUGAUGAAAUACUACGGGGCAAUUAUCAAAAGCCUUCACACGGGAAUAAAAGUAUUUAAUCUGCCAACAGUUCUCAAAAGUGGAAGAAAACUCGAAGAUGAAGUUGAACGAUUUAUGGAUUUACUUAAUGGUUAUGUAAAACCUUCAACAAAAUUUCGAAACUCAAUAUGUCAUUGUGAUUUGUGGCCUGCGAAUAUUUUUAUUAAGUAUAAUAAAAAUGUUGCACAACAUGCGAAAAUAAUUGAUCAUCAAAUUGCACGAUAUUUACCACCGGCUUUUGAUGUUCUGGACUGUAUUUUACUCAACACUUCACGAGAAUAUCGAAAGGAGCAUCUUUUGAGAUUGAAAAAGUGCUAUUUUGAUUGUUUUACUAAAUAUUUGAAAGAAUUUGGAGUUGUGCCAAGUGAGAUUUAUACGUUGGAUGAGUUUUUGGAAAGUUUUAAAGAGGUGGAAAUGUUUGCGGUUUUUAUGAGCUUGGCGACAAUUCCGUUGGUUUAUAAUGUUAAUCGCAGUCUGGGGAAUCUUGUCGAGUCGGAAGCAAAAGACGACAUUCUUUUGGAUGACAGAAGUCCAUUGAUUACGAAUUUCUUGGAUAAUGAAUAUUUAAUGGGGAGGAUUAAGGGAGCCAUGUUGGACAUGGUGGAUUAUUUUGAAAAUAAUUAAUAUGUUUAUAAGAAAUUUUUAGUGUUAGGUUAUUGUUUAGUUGUAGAAAGACAAAUUGUGAGAUUUAUACAUAGGUAUAACAAAUUUAUGUUUAAAUAAUAUUAUAUAAAUUUUAUUAAUAUUUUAAGUGAAUAAAUAAAUAGUUUAUUUUGUU